AUGCGCGCUGUUCAGGUCAGCGAAUAUGUCAAAGGCCCCCUGGACCUCCAAGUAACCACCGUCCCCACGCCGACACCAUCUCCCGACAAAUAUCUGAUUGAAAUCCACUCAGCCGGCACCAACUUCUUCGACAUUCUCCAGAUCCAAGGCAAAUACCAGCACCAGCCGCCGUUGCCGUGGGUCGGCGGCGCCGAGUUCGCCGGCACAGUGGCAGCAGUGCCGACCGCAGGCGGGUCGUCCCGGUUCAAGGUCGGCGACCGAGUCUUUGGAGCAACACAGGGCGCAUAUGCCACACACGUACUGGCACCGGAGCAGGCGCUGUUAUCGGUACCGACGGGGUGGAGCUUCGAGGACGCAGCGGGCCUAUUUGUGACGGCGCCGACCUCGUAUGGCGGACUGGUGCACCGGGCCGGGGUGCAGGCGGGCGACUGGGUGCUGGUGCAUGCGGCGGCCGGCGGGGUCGGGCUCGCUGCCGUGCAGGUGGCCAAGGCCCGUGGCGCGACGGUCAUCGCCACAGCCGGCACGCCGCGCAAGCGCGAGAUUGCGCGCCAGUUCGGCGCUGACUAUGUCAUCGACUAUCGUGGUCGCGCUUGGCCCGACCAGGUCAAGAAGCUGUGUGCGGCGCACCGCUCGGGCAAUGGCGCUGCCGGUGUCGAUAUUGUCUAUGACCCCGUCGGUAUGAUCGACGCCAGUUUGAAGUGCGUUGCGUGGAACGCGCGCUUGUUGGUUAUUGGCUUUGCUGCCGGCCAGAUCGAGAAGGUUGCGCUGAACCGCGUGUUGCUGAAGAAUGUCAGUAUUGUGGGCCUGCAUUGGGGCCAGUAUGCCCGCUUCGAGACUGAGACUGUUGCCGCCGUCUGGCAGGGCAUCUUUGAUCUAGUUGCUCAGGGCAAGUUCAAGGGCACUGCCUUCAAGGACGAGAGCUUUGUUGGUCUGGAGAGCGUGCCACGUGCCCUACAGGCGCUAGGAGGCCGCGAGACCUGGGGCAAGGUCGUGGUGAAUGUGGUGGGCAACGAGAAAGCCAAGAGUCGGCUCUGA